AUUGAUUUUAAUGGCUUUUUCUUGGCAAUCCACGUUUGAGUAUAUUAUAUUGUAUAUUAUUAUAUUAUAUUGUUGCGGCGGUGUGCGUGUGCGGACGCGUAUUGUUUCUUUUGUUUUUAAUUGAUCGUACGGUUUAAUUGCGCGUAGAUAAGAAGGCGGCUGUUAUCUGGGACAGGCACUGUGUAAUAAUUUUAACAUUUAUUAUUAUUAUUAUUUUUAUUUUCCUUAAUGUGCCACUCGAGAGUAAUAAUACAGUGUACAAGUGUACAAGCGUUAGUGUGUAUGUGUAUGUGUGUGUGUGUGUGUGUGUGUGUAUGUGUGUGCAGUCAUUUAUAGAUAAGAACAGUAAACAAUUUUUGAUCUUCGUCAAACAUUUUUUUAUUUUUCGUACUGCAGUCAGCAAUAAGCGUUCUAUACGAUCAGUUCGAAUCACAAUAAAAGCAAUAAUUAUGGUCGGCACUCGUGCAUCGUUGUGUUAUCUACUCUGUUCGAUCCUGAUUCUUCCCGCCAGCGAUUCAAAUGAGUUAACUGAUUUGGGACAUCAAGUACCGACAAAUUCCUACGAACUUGGAUCGACUGUUGGGAGUAAUGUGGUUGAGGCCGAGGAUGAAGAAGAAUAUCCGUUUCAAAAGGCAUACUAUUCGUAUAAAGUGCAAUCUAAUGAGUUAUUAAAAGAUGUACGCUUAGACCCGCCAAUCGAUUAUGUAACACCCAAAGGAUACAGCUUGGUAUUGGAACCAAUUGUUCAUUUUUGUCAACUGGUGGACAAGAGUAUAAUCAAAAAAUUUUCUGCUUCCGGAUCAGAAGAUGGGGUCUACAUCAGUGUCGAUGACGAUUUGAGAGACCAAAUGACCAAUGAAUCAACGAUUGUGUACAAACUUAAGGCGAUAAAAAAAGAUGAUCUCACAACAAUAGGUGGUUCUACAACUGUACUCAUCAGAAUUGUACAAUUUCUACCCAUGCCAGAUACCGUACUAGCUUUUGAACAACCAAGUUAUUCCAUAAAGCUGUCUUAUAGCCACAUAGGCAAGGUUUUCAAAUUUAAGACCAUACAAACCACACACAAAGCAAAAGAAAAAAAUACGGAUAAUUCGGAUGGUUUGGAAUUUGAAAAUCAACCGGAAAACGAUAAAUAUUUUUCAAAAAACGAAUACUCUUUCAAUGGCAAUUACACUUUGGAAUACGUACCAGAACAACUUUUAACGAAAUUGAGGAUUACUGAUGAUGGUGAAUUGGAAGUCUUGGAAAAUAUUGAUGAAGGGUUCUACAGUUUUGACGUUGUAGCAGUCGACUAUGGUCCUAAUUCUACGACAGUUUUAAAAGACCGGUCCAAAGUGAAUAUUUUUAUCGACAAUGUAGCGGCGUGUGAUUCGUCCACGUCUAAAUUCAUCAGGGCAUUCAGUAAGCAUUAUAUAACCGAAGAGACUAAACUAAUAACAGCUGUUCCGGGCACCGAGUCGGGCGGUCAAUGUAGAUUUUCGAUAUCACAUCAAUAUCCGUUUGGUGUGGGAGCGGACUUCUUCACAAUCGACAAGAAUACGGGUGCUAUUCACGUGAAAAGUCCCAUCGACCGGGAAGCGUACUCGUUCGAAGACAUGGAGGAACCGUCCGUUUACUUGAAGCUAAAGAUCCACUGUCCUCCGUUGGAUGAUCCACCUGCCGUCCAACCUCUGCACUUGUCCGAAUUGAACCAAAUCGUCUAUGAUCCGACUACCACGUUGGUGCAAUUGGUCAUCGUGGACACCAACGACAACGUCCCGGUGUUCGUCGACAAUCACAUAGUCGUCGGGUAUCCCGUGCAAGAAGUGGCCAAUGAUAUUAUCCCCAAUUACCUCCUGCAGGUCAAGGCAACAGACAAGGACGCGGGAAAACACGGAAAAAUACAAUACUCGUUGAGAGGAGACGACGCUAACGACUUUAUCAUUAACGAGGAGACAGGAACAAUAUACUGUAAGAGUCUGGUGGACGACAGCACUGCAAGCAAAUCGUUUGUGGUGGUGGCGAAGGACAACGACGGAAAAUCCGAAGGAUUGGAGUCCACGCUGGCUAUUACCGUGAAGUUCCUGACUUUCUCAGACAUCAUCCGGGUGAACGUCCCGUUCAGUACCACCGAAGAUCACGCAGCCGUCGAAUCACAGCUGUCCGAAAUAUCGGGUGUCAGAAUCAUGUCACUCACCAACGACGUGGUCAACAAUUUCGUGGACGAUAAGUGGCGCACUGAGAGGAUGAUGACUGUGUACGGGGUGAACAACUCUGAUGGUUCGCUGGUGCCGGCAUUAGAAUUGGAAAGAUAUCUAGGACAGAACUCCAAAAUUUUGGGCAUAACUAAAUUGUUUAAUAUGAAUGCCAAUAGCGAAACAAGCACCGUGAUGUCUCUAGUGUAUGCCGCGAUGUUUUUCCUGAUGCUUUCAAUGGUAGCCGUGGGUCUGUUAUAUUUCGGAUACGUCAAGAAUGGCCGUUACUUGUCGUGUAUUUCGAGUCCGUCUACGACGCCGCUGAAAGACGAUAUCGAAAACAUGAGUCAGAGCAACUGGAUUACUACUUUCAACAGAACCAACCUGACGUCAAAUAGAGUGCGAUUCCCGGGAAAUAUCAACUCCGAGGCGGUGCCGUGUAGAUCCAAAAUCGCGGACAACGCCACCGUGGUCGUGGAGAAUAGCCUGUACGAGGCCAUACCGCCGAAACGAACCUGCACCGCCGCCGUCCUGGCCGUGAAUAAUAAUUCCUCGAUUAAUAGACUUGAUUCUAAGAUAUCCUUCGAAGACGACUUGAUAAAGUUAGAAAAAAUGGACGAGGCGUUUUCGCCCACGGACGACAUUUCUUUUAACUAUUGAGUAUCGACUGCCCGCGACGGUUAAAAUCACUAUAGAUGUUCGAUAUUGGUUCCGGUUCGACGUGUACAUUUUUUUAUCUGGAUAGCACUCUCCGUACACAGAUUUCUAUACACCUAUAGGCUAUAAGGCAUAUUAUUACCUACCUAUAUAAUACUGUUAAUAUGAUAAUUGUAUAUUAUGUUUAAGACACGUUUACGAGACCUUACAAUACUUUUAUAAUAUGUUUGCACAUGUUUUAGUCGUUCAACAGUCACCUUGAAUAUUGAUAAGUCCUUGCCCAAUACCAUAUUUUAUGUUUUAUAUUAUAUACUCGGAAGCUCAUUCAAUUUUAUUAAGCUAUAAGCUUAAAAUAUCGACAGCGUUAAAAACCGUUACACUUUUUUGCAAAUAGGAGUGGUAAUUUUUUUUCGAUGAUAUUACUAUUAUAUUAACCUGUUAUUAAAUUCAACGAUUCGCCAAUUUCAAAAGCGCUUACCGAUCACCUUGUAACACAUAUUUUAUAAUACCGAUGCGGAAUUUAAUUAAGAUAAUAGCCCGCAUACACAAACACUGGUAAUAUCAUUUAAUGUACGUGUGCAUGUGUGUGUGUGUGUGUGUGUUUCAGUGUUUUUGUGUGCAUAUGCAUGGAUCAAUUUUUAAUUAUGAUUAGUUGAGUAAUUUUAAAAUGUCGAUUUACCAUGAAAAAAAUCUGCUGCUCGUGGCUUGCUUUAGGGUCAAAACGUGUCCGGCUAUACGUGCAUCUAUUUGCAGAAAUUAAUCUAUAUUAAAAUCCUAUUAUCAAAACGAUAUACUUGAGAAUAAGCGAGUCAAAUCUAUUACAUUUAUGAGUUUAUGUCACUGUUUUGUAUAAUCUAUUUAAGGAACGUAUCAUUAAACUGGGACUAGAUGGCACAAUAUUUCGUGUUGUGAAACUAAACAUUAAAAUGUCAUAUUUUUGCAAAACUAUAAUAAUACUUUAAGUAAACUAUUUAAUAAUAAAACUUUAUUGAUUUUGUGGAGGCUCAAUAAUAUUUUAUUCAAAUCAUCCAUCAUUAACAUUUCAAAUAUAAUCAUACUAUAAAUAUUUUUUUUUUACUUUCAUAUUUUAUUUUAUACAUUAAUAUUGGUGUGAACCAUAAUUAAUUUCAAAUCAAUAUUCUUAUGCAUAAGGUGCCGUACAUAAUAUUUAAUUUAAUAUUGAUCUCAAUUACAUGUGUUCACAAAAUGACUAUCAACAAAUGUUAAAGGUUCCUUAAGUGUAACUUUAUUUUGAAAUGACGUGUAAUUAUUAUACCUAGUUGUUUUUUUAUAAUUUUAAAUAAAUCAGUAAUUCAAUUAUGUAAAAACCAUAGUCAUCACGUCUGAAUGGAAAACUUAUAUUUUCAAUAAAUGUAUUCAAUUCGCAUACUUACUAACAAAAUGUCGAACACAAAUACACUGAAAAUCUUACAUUCACCGUUUACGUGAACACUAACCAUUUUAAAAAGGUAGU